UGGCGACUGCUGCGUGCGGUCGUCAGUGUAAAACAGACAGUAAUCCUGCCAAAUCACACAAAGAACACCUGCGAAAAGGUAAAGACUCACAACGGAGACAGGCGGCUCUUUCUUUUCUGAACAACAUAUCUCUAGACGGACGGCCUUUAUAUCAUCUCAGCAAUGGAAACCUCGGUCAAAGGGACGCAGCCGAGCUCGGAAGUCGAGACGCCGCUGGGGCACAUACGACUGGACACCCUCAAUUUUCACCGAGUACCUACGGAACCUUCCCCCACGUAUCACCUUACUUGGCCGGUGGCGCUGCUACUACUGUGGCGGGGAUCUGGGGACUGAGCCCAGUCCCUCCUAAUUUGGAUAUGUCUACAGACACUGGCUCAAGUGCUGCUGUGGGGUGCAGUGAGGUGUUUUUUGAGGGUGUAGACUCCAUGGUACCCACAGAUACUCCCCUGUCCCCCACUUCUGGACCUCAGACCUUCAAUCCAAUUGCCAAAUCGCCAUCUGUGCUCCAGACUCUGAAUUCCGUGCCGGGGGAUACACGUCAAAGAUCACGGAAUCAUUUGGGCUCUCCAGGACCCGCAAGGGUGGCCAAGAAGGUCCACUUUAUCAAGAGUAUGAGGCAGUACGACACAAGAGGCAGCAGGAUUAUGCUGAUUUGUGCCAAGCGGUCUCUAUGUGCUGCUUUCUCAGUGCUGCCCUAUGGAGAAUGUAUUCACCUCAGUGACCCAAAGCUGGAGGCUCAGAGACAACGGCUGUCCACUGGGGUGGGCUCUGACCUGUUCCCUGGCCUGGAGGGCCUGGGGGUGGAGCUAGGUGCAUAUGGAAAGACGGUAUCGUACGCCCGGUUCCUUUUUCCCACUAAUGCCCUGGUGAGGCCGAAGAGCAGUGGACCACUAGAGCCCAGCACAACACAGACCCCCCUGUCCCGUUACCGAGGCAACAGCCAGAAGAACUACACCAACCCGUCUCGACUCAACAGCACCAUAGGACAGGACCCUAGUAUAGAAGACCUGGCAGACUAUGAUCCCUACCUACUCAGUGACCCUCAGUGGCCUUGCGGGAGACACAAGAGAGUUCUUAUAUUUGCAUCAUAUAUGACGACUGUUAUUGAGUAUGUGAAGCCGUCAGACCUGAAAAAAGACAUGAAUGAGACGUUCAAGGAGAAGUUCCCCCAUAUCAAACUGACCCUCAGCAAGAUAAGAAGCCUGAAGCGGGAGAUUCGUGCGGUGGGAGAAGAGUGCAGUCUGCAGCCAGUCACGGUGGCGAUGGCCUUUGUGUACUUUGAGAAACUGGUGCUGCAGGGCCGCCUGAACAAACAGAACAGGAAGCUGGUGUCUGCUGCCUGCGUCCUGCUGGCAGCUAAGAUCAGCAGUGAUCUGAAGAAGCAGGAGGUCCGACAGCUGAUUGACAAGCUGGAGGAACGUUUUCGUAUAAACCGGCGGGAGUUGAUUCCAUUGGAGUUCCCUGUCCUGGUUGCCUUGGAGAUGGGGCUCUACCUCCCUGACAGCAAGGUCAUGCCGCACUACCGCAGGCUGGUGCAGCAGGGCUAGGCUGGAGCCUGGAAGUGGCCUGGAGCACUGGCCUGGGGCCAGUUUGGAUAUUGAUUGGAAAUGCUGAUCCUGGAUCAUCACCCAGAGGGAGGCAUCUUCUACCCUAGAAUCUGUUUAGGUGUAGCAGGUCAGCCCAGCCGACAUGCCCCUUAUUCAAACUGGGGGAAUAAAAGGGUUUGGGUACGGUACUCAAUAUUUAUUUUUUAUUCUUCUUUAUCAUGAGUUGAACCCCUUGAUAUGACUUGAUAUGAUGGAUUAAGAAUAUUUUCUGCAAAGAUA